UUUCAACGUGAACAUCAACAGCUCUCAAACCCUAUUUGCCCAUACUACAAGCAUCCAUUAUAAAUCCCACUUCACUUAUUUUGAUUAAUACUUCUCUAUUAACUUGCAGGUGUUGCUUCUUACUUCCAAGUUUUCAACCUCAGCCGCAAAAGAGGUUGCUACCGAUAGACAAUAUGCGGGAACUUUUCCUCACUGCAUCCGUCAAGGAUUCAGAUUUCGCAAUGGCUUGCGCAGUCCUACAAGGUUUGACGUGGAUGAACGCCCGUCACACCGUCCACCGUAUUCUAUUCUUCCAUGGCCAGCCACAGCCGCAGCCCCUAAAAGUCACGCGCGCUUUCCAGCAAUCACGCUUCUUGCAGCUCUGGAAAGAUCUAAGUAGCCAAUUAAAUCGGUCAUCAUAUGUUAUUCAACUGGCCUACGAACUUGUACCAGAUAGGGAUUUCGGCAAAGAAACUAAUAUGGAGUUCAAUGCUUUACCUGGCACUUUGCGGUGGACAGAUCUACCAGACCCUCUUCGAGACACACCAGUAACGCAAAGAAAGAAGAUUGAGAUUCCAGAGCAGAAUAGUCUUCCGACGGCUCUCACUGACAACGGCUUCCAGUACAAGAAUGAAAUUAUUCAGGAGAGCUACUCCUUCGUCAGGGAGAAUGUCGAAUUCGUUUUCAGCAGAUACUAUCACCUUCCAGAAUCUCAAGGGCGGCCACUGGCUGCUCUCCCUCCCUGGGCCGAUCUCCGGCCAGUAGAUCCGGCACAGAAAUGGGUGUUGAAUGUGAAACUGAAUGUCAUUGAUGACAGCCAGCCGGAAAAGGUGAAGAAAGCAAAUGGGGAGCUCUUAGUUGUUAAGGCAGAGCUUGAGAAGAUAUUUGAUUUUAAGGCUGUUGACCGGAGGGUCUUCGACACUAGGAUUGCACCGCCCCCUGUAAUACCUGGCCGAGGAUAGAACAGCUUUCAUGCUGUUGGUACAAUUGCCAGCCUGGUCUAAGAAGGCGUGUCAUCCCGAUGGCGGCUAAGGCCCCGAGAUUCUCUACGAAGAAAUGCAAGAUGACUGAGCUGGUACGGAACACCAAGGCAAUGGACACAUAUAAAGGGGGUAGUCCUUCUGCAAAAGAUAUAGAGGGAAGGGGUAUCAAGGAUAUAACAUGCGCCCAUGUAGUCGACAGAUGGACAUGGCCACGCGGUGUUAAUACAUAUUACAUCUGCCUAAGGUAACUUAGCAUUUCCUCGGAACCUAGCCGUCCAGUUUAAUGGGAGAAAACAUGCCCAAUAAAGGAAUCAUUACUUUUGUGCACAUUUAUGGCCGCUAGGAGGUACCUAGGUAGUACGCAAGCUGAACUGGACGUUCAUGUCUCAACAAUAUCGUUGCCCUGUUAAAUUUCUGUGAUGACAACUUCUAUAUCAAAAGAAAUAUAAUUCAAC